GACAAAGUCAUUGAAUUUGGUUUGUUUUUACAACGAUUUGUUUUUCUAUAGAACCUGGUGAUGAAAAUGCUCUUCUGCGACAUGUUAUCUAUAUAACGGGUUUACCAAAGGAAAUACAAAAUGAAACUUUGGCAGGUGUUUUUGCUCCUGUUUGUGGAGAAAUCGCGCCGGUGGAUGUUCGAUCACCUAAACCAAAAAUAUGGGUGUAUAAAGAUCGCCAAACACGUGAAGGCAAAGGCGAAGCCACUAUUACAUUCAUCAAUCCCGAUUCGUGUCAAACAGCGAUUAGUUACUUCGAUGGUAAAGAAUUGUUUGGUCGUGAAAUUCGAGUUACAUUAUGUCCAAGACGUAUGUACAGCAUGCAAAAACAGAAUACACCAUUCAAUCCUGCUGCACCUUCAAAUAAUUCAAACUCAAUGAUUAAACAAAUCAAUACUAAUAAUAUCAUUAACACGACAACACCGGCCGCAACAGCAACAGAUAGUUCAUCAUCAAUCGCUACAGCAACGUCAGCAUCUACCACACCAAUUUCAACUUCCACAUCUUCGUCAGCAACUACAGUCACCGCUACAACAACAGCAACAGCAACAGCAACCCCAACCCCCAAAACCACGAGUACUUCAGUUACAGCUGCAAAUCCAAUUGCCACGAUAUCCUCAUCCACACUUGGAUUACCUCGUCAGUUAAAUCAUUCAUUAUUUAAAUUACGACAAAC